CUAAGCUCCCCAACAUGACGUACAUGUCCUCUCCAAAGUGAACCCAGUACUCUCAAAACACAACAAUAAGCUCAACAAUGGCAGCCUCGAGACUCUCAACCCCACUCCACCUUCUCAAACACAUACGCCCCUCUAAUCAUCCACCACUCCUCCGCCACAUCUCCUCCUCCUCCGCCGACGACCCACCACCACCGCCGUCAAACAACACACUCGUAACUCAAAUCCUAACUAUCCUACAAAACAACCCAACCAAUUGGACCAGCAACGACGAGCUCCGCAGCCUUCUCUCUCACUCCUCUCACUCUCUGUCCCCUUCCUCUCUCUACCAAAUCACCCGCAGCUUCACCACCACCACCGAAGCCCUCAAAUUCUUCGACUACAUUCGAACCACCUUGCCAACACCACCGGACCCUGACUCUCUCUCCACUUCUUUCCAAGCCAUUUUCGAACUCGCAGAAAGCCGCGAUCAAACCAAUUACUCGCCCGAAAAAGUUAGCCAACUCUUCACCUCAUUCAAAGAGUACAACAUUCCUCUUAAUGUCAAUUCGGCGGCCCUUUUGGUCCGGUGCUUCGGCCGAGCUGGAUUAGUUUCAGAUUCGAUUCUCGUUUACAAAGAACUCGACCCAGAUUCGCGAAACACUCAUAUAAGCAAUGUGUUGUUGGGUGUGUUGGUGCGAGCUGGAAGGGUCGAUGAUGCCUUCCAAGUGCUCGACGAAAUGCUGCUUUGCCGAGAUGGGAAAAUUUCGCCUAAUGAGAGUACUGUGGAUAUUGUUAUCGGUGGGUUGUUGCGGAGGGAUGCGAAUGGGAGGAGUGUUAGUGAGGAGGAAAUUGUUGGGUUGGUUUCGAAGUUUGGGGAGCAUCGUGUUUUCCCAUCUCCGGUGAGGCUUACCCAAUUGAUCACGAAGCUGUGUAGGAGUGGGAAGAUUGACCGGGCUUGGGAUGUGUUACAUGAGGUAAUGAACGCAGCUGGCGAUGUGCAAGCUCCUACGUGUAAUGCGCUUUUGACUGGGUUGGGUAGAAACCGGGAUUUUCCAAGAAUGAACAAACUUUUGGCAGAGAUGAAGGAAAACGGUGUGCAGCCUGAUGUUAUAACGUUUGGUAUUCUUCUUAAUCAUUUGUGUAAGUUUCGUAGGGUUGAUGAGGCGUUGGAGGUGUUUGAGAAGAUGUCUGGAGGAAGUGGAAGUGAGGGAUUUUCAGUUACACCAGAUACAAUCCUUUAUAAUACUCUAAUUGAUGGAUUUUGUAAAGUGGGAAGGCAGGAAAAGGGUUUGGUUUUGGUGGAACAGAUGAGAUCGCAUGGCUGUGAACCGAAUACGGUAACAUACAAUUGCCUCAUUGAUGGGUUUUGCAAAGCUGGUGAAAUUGAUAAGGCCCGUGAGCUUUUUGAUGUGAUGAACAAGGAAGGAAUGCUGCCAAACGUGAUCACCCUCAACUCCUUGGUUGGUGGUAUGUGCAAGCACGGGCGUAUCAAUAGUGCAAUGGAGUUCUUUAAUGAAAUGCAAGGGAAAGGUUUGAAAGGUAAUGCAAUUACUUACACAGCCUUAAUAAAUGACUUUUGUAAUGUCAACAAUAUCGACAAAGCAAUGGAGUUGUUUAAUGAUAUGUCUAAAGUAGAAUGUUCACCCGAUGCAAUUGUAUACUACACUUUGAUAGCUGGUCUGACCCAAGCCGGAAGGUUGGAUGAUGCUAGCUUUAUUGCAUCAGUAAUGAAGAAAAAUGGGUUCUGUUUGGAUGUUUUGAGUUACAAUAUUCUGAUUGGCGGGUUCUGUAGGAAGAAUAAGUUGGAUAAAGCUUAUGGGAUGCUCAAGGAAAUGGAUCAGGCUGGAGUAAAGCCUGAUGGAGUGACAUUCAACACUUUGAUUUCAUAUUUCAGCAAAGUUGGUGAUUUCUCGACUGCCCAUAAGUUUUUGAGGAAGAUGGUUGAUGAAGGUCUUAUGCCUAGUGUUGUUACUUACGGGGCUUUGAUUCACGCAUAUUGUUUGGUUGGCAACCUUGAUGAUGCUAUGAAACUAUUUAGGGAGAUGAGCUCUGGUUCUAGGGUUCCUCCUAACACUGUCAUUUUCAAUAUGCUGAUCGAUUCUCUAUGCAAGAAUAAGAAGGUGGAAGUUGCUCUGUCUCUUAUGGAUGAUAUGAAGGAUAAGGGGGUGAGGCCAAAUACCAACACGUUUAAUGCAAUGUUGAAAGGACUUCAGGAUAUUAAUUGGUUGGAGAAGGCAUUUGAGCUUAUGAAUCAGAUGACCGAACAAGCUUGUAAUCCCGAUUAUGUCACCAUGGAGAUUCUCACUAACUGGCUUCCUGCUGUUGGUGAAACAGAAAAAUUGAAAAGCUUUGUCCAAGGAUAUGAAGUUUCACUCUCAACAGCGUAGAGUGCUUGCUUUGACCUGGAAGUGAUUAGGAAUCUUCAGACAGAGCAGAAAAAUUCUACAUUCUUGGUAGUAUUUUGGCCAUGUUUGGGAAAAAUUACUGUUCCAGCGCCAAUGUAUGGUGGGAAGAACUGUCUGGAGCAAUAAGCUAGGAGCAUUGAGUAAUCUCGACAUGUUGUGGGGUCAAAAUGGAGGGAUUUCCGUUUGUGCGUAGUUCAUAUCAAGUCAGUGGAAGAGUUACAUUUGUAUUAUGAUGCAAGUUCUGAAGUUUCUUUGAUUUGACAAUUUAAUGAGUCCCAUUAUGAAAACAAUGCAAUAAGUUAAAUAGAAAUUUCGUGGUCGGCCAUUUGUCUUGAA